AUUAUUGCUUCAUAGCACGCAGUGUUUGGGUUUGGUGUUUGGAUGCGUUCAGGCAACGCCAAAAAACAUUAAAUUUCUGCGAUUGUGCUAAUUAAAUUUCGUAUUAUGGCAGCAUUUGAAGAGUUCGGCGUUAUGCCGGAGAUCAGCCAGGCAAUCGACGAAAUGGAAUGGAUGCUACCGACGGACGUACAAGCGGAAGCGAUUCCUUUGAUUCUCGGCGGCGGCGAUGUGCUGAUGGCAGCCGAGACCGGCAGUGGCAAGACUGGUGCUUUCUGCUUACCAAUUUUGCAGAUUGUGUGGGAAAGAUUGCGUGACGUCCGGGAUGGCAAGGCAGGUACAAUCGGACACAAGGUGAAACCAUGGACACUUUCUUACACGGAUCGAGAUAAUGCAAUGGCUGUCACUCCGGACGGUCUGCGGUGUCAGUCGCGGGAGUUUAAAGAAUGGCACGGAUGCCGCUGUACGACUGGUGUGCGCGGCAAGGGCAAAUACUACUAUGAGGCAACGGUGGCCGAUGACGGACUCUGUCGAGUUGGUUGGUCCACAGAGAAGGCCAAUUUGGCUUUGGGAACGGAUAAGUUUGGUUUUGGAUUUGGAGGGACCGGUAAGAAGUCCAACUGCCAGCAGUUUGAUAGCUACGGGGAUGCGUUUGGGAAAAUGGAUGUGAUUGGAUGUCUGUUGGAUUUGGACAAGGGAGAGAUUAGUUAUACUAAAAAUGGGAAAGCCCUGGGUCUGGCAUUUAGAAUCACCGAUAGUAACCUGCGAAAUGCCAAAUUUUUCCCAGCUGUAGUUGUGAAGAACUCCGAAAUGGCUUUUAACUUUGGUGAAACAGACUUUAAGUAUCCGGUUCCUGAGGGAUUUAUUGCAGUUUGCAAUGUGUCCCAUGAUCACCUAGCAUUAAAUCCAAAUACUGGUAGUGCAGCUGCUACAGAAGAUCAACCAAAACCGAAUGCCCCCCAGGCGCUCAUAAUCGAACCUUCGCGGGAGUUGGCCGAGCAAACCUUCGACCAGAUUCAAAAGUUUAAGAAGCACUUGAAGGAUCCCAAUGUUAGGGAACUGCUUCUAAUCGGAGGCGUAAGGAUCCAAGAUCAGUUAGAAACCUUGCAGAGCGGUGUCGACAUUAUAGUGGCCACACCAGGUCGCCUGGAAGAUUUGAUCAAUAACGGGUAUGUUCUAUUAAGCAGCUGUCGAUUUUUUGUUCUGGAUGAAGCCGAUGGACUGCUCAAUAAUGGAUACACCGAAUUGAUCGAACGACUGCAUAAGCAAAUUCCCAAAAUUAACGCGGAUGGAUGUCGGUUGCAAAUGGUCGUGUGCAGUGCAACACUUCACUCUUUCGAGGUUAAAAAGUUAGCCGAAAAAUUGAUGCAUUUUCCUACGUGGAUCGAUCUGAGAGGGGAGGAUGCCGUUCCGGAAACGGUUCAUCACGUCGUUUGUUACGUUGAUCCGCAGAAGGACACCAGCUGGUGGGCACAACGCAAGCACAUCACAACCGAUGGAGUGCAUGCCAAGGAUAACGUACGCCCUGGAUCCAAUACUGCGGAGACCCUAUCGGAAGCGGUCAAGAUACUUAAAGGGGAGUACACGGUCAAUGCUAUCAACGAGCAUAACAUGGAUCGGGCUCUCAUUUUCUGUCGCACAAAGUUGGAUUGCGAUAAUAUGGAACGCUACUUGCGUCAGAUCGAUCCAGUAAAGUACUCCUGCGUUUGUUUGCACGGAGACCGAAGACCACAAGAGCGUAAAGGAAAUCUGGAAAAGUUCAAGAACAAACAAGUCAAGUUUCUGAUUUGUACUGAUGUAGCCGCCCGCGGUCUGGAUAUCUCUGGUCUACCCUUCCUCAUCAACGUAACCCUACCGGACGAGAAGAGCAUGUAUGUACAUCGAAUCGGUCGAGUAGGACGCGCCGAACGUAUGGGUUUGGCUAUUUCCCUUGCAGCUACUGUUCCGGAAAAAGUGUGGUACCACGGGCCGUGGUGUUCUUCGCGUGGCAAAAACUGCUGGAAUACGAACCUCACCAAUGUGAAAGGUUGCUGUAUGUGGUACGAUGAAAAAAUGUACCUGGUAGAAAUCGAAGAGCAUCUAAAAGUGACCCUUCAACAAAUUGAUAAGGACCUCAAAGUACCGAUGAAUGAGUUUGACGGAAAGGUCACGUACGGUGAGAAGCAACUGAACACCGCCAGCAAUUAUAAGGACCACGUGGAACAGCUAACCCCGAUUGUGCAGAAACUGGCUCAGCUAGAACGGGAAGCACAGAAUUGGUUCCUGAAGCGGGGUUUAGUGGCAUCUUCUCAAGGGACAGCUGAUUUCAUUAACGAUGAUGAGACUAGCACUGUGGCCGUUAAGGAAAAUUCUGAUGGAAUUUCUGCAACAGAGCUAAACGAGAAAGUCAAAGAGCCACCUAAAAAUAAACCAGCUGAAAGAGUAACAACUAGUACACUCAAUCGUUCAGCUACCUCUGAUCGUUUUCAAGAGCUAAACGAGAAAGUCAAAGAGCCACCUAAAAAUAAACCAGCUGAAAGAGUAACAACUAGUACACUCAAUCGUUCAGCUACCUCUGAUCGUUUUCAAGAGCUAAACGAGAAAGUCAAAGAGCCACCUAAAAAUAAACCAGCUGAAAGAGUAACAACUAGUACACUCAAUCGUUCAGCUACCUCUGAUCGUUCUCAAACGCCCCAGAAGAAACAAAAGGUCAAGAAUGGAGUUGCAAAACCUAUGCAAAGUAUCCACAAUCAAUCAGACCCUGGCGAUAAUUCGAAGGUUCGUGGUGUUAUAGUAAAGAUCAUUCCCAAGAGCUAUCCUAAUAGACAACUGAGUACGGAGGAAGCCAGCCAGAUCCGGAAAAGAGUAUUGGCACUGUUGGUGGAGCAAAGAGCUAGCAACAAUGUCAAACCCGUCUUCACACAGUACGCCACCCUUACGUCAGGCUGUAUGGUUUUCUACUGUGCGGGUGAAGGAACUGCCAAAUGGCUUGAGGGACAAGCCUACUGGAAUACAGUGGACUGCAUCACUGAAAGGGAUUCGGGAUCCCCGAAAAAGUUCAAGGCGCUUGGAUAUUUCAAGAAAAGUGCUGAAGAGACGACUGAAUUCAUCCUCGGGAUGAUAGAGGCUCAAAAUAAGUUAUCGACCUCUGGAUGGAGAACAUUACAACGAAGGAACACUGGAACUAUGGCCGCCCUUGUCUUUGAAAUUGACGCCAUCUCUUGGGAGAAACUAAAGCGAAGGAAGUUUUGGAUUAAUUUUAGCUACGGCCUGAAAGUUAAGCUAAAGAACUUAACUAAGAACGACCAGCACGCUUCUAGAAAAUCUAUCAAGAAGUAAGCAUUCGGAGGAGCGAACAGAAAUGGAUUCUCUGAUUUGAUAAUUGAUAUAAGAAUGUUGUUUCGACAGCAAUGUGUAUAUAUUAAAGUUCUAUUUCGGUCAAAUUAAUUUUUAUUUGAUCGCGUUGGUAUUAAUAUCGUUUGACAGUCCUAUGUUAUAACGCGAAUUUGCAGUAGGACCUUAGACAAUUUCUUUCAUUUUAGGAGCUUUGAAUCCAAUAUAUUUUUAUUAUAAAAUAUG